AUGAACAAUACCAACGUAUCGCCCACCGCACUCACAACUCAAGCCGCAGCUGGCUCCUCCGACGGCCUAGCUGGCGGAAGCAGCAGCGUCAAGAAUCUCAGUUGUCUCCAGUGCCGAAAGCGCAAGACACGAUGUGACAAAAAGUAUCCCUGCUCGCCUUGCGUCAUCCGCGGCGAUGCUUCGUCGUGUACGCAGGUCCAGCAGACCAUCGCUUCCAUCACCACCUCGUCCUUCGGCGCUUCCACUUCUCCUACACGCGAGGCGGCGCCUCUGCUACAUCGUGCCUCCUUCUCCGAUGCUGUAGGCUCCAGCGCAAACCUUUCCAGCGUCGCCACAGCGGCGCAUGCACCCUCUUCAUCCAGCUCGUCCAAGCUGGAACCGCGGGAAUCGCCUUUUGCCACGGAUCGCUUCAUCGGACAAGACGCCGAACGACUCUAUCGUCUCGAAGUCCGCAUGGAUCGCAUGGAACGGCACGUCUUGGGCAAUCGCCUCCAACGCAACGACUCUCACUUUACCUCGAACUCCAUCUCAGACACAGCCCAGGACGAUACCCUGCCGAGUGUAGCGCGCAUCGAUUCGACUCAAGAGCUUCCCGUCGGUCAAGACAUCCAAGAUCUCUUCGAGGAUGCUGCUAUGGGACGCAAGCACAAACUCAAGAGUCUCCCCUUGGGUACGGCAGCCGCCGCUGUUGACACGGAAGCCAAGGACCCGGAGACGGACGAAGAGCAGAUGCUCGAUCAGCGCUCGCCAGAUUCGUCGGUCGACGUCGCUUUUCGGUUUGCUCAGUUUCUUCCACACCAAAGCGCCGUCCUCCUCGAGUUCUACUUUGCCCACGUCGACUGGACCACCCGCGUCUUGCCCUCUGAGAGCUACGACGAGUUCUUGCGCCUCUCCAAGCUGCAGCCAGAACAGAUCGCAGCUUUCCCCGUAUCGAGUGCCAUGGUCUGCUGCUACUUUGUCAUCGUUGCGCUCUCCCUUCACUUUGCCGAUGCUGCGCUCCUCGAAAAGGUCGGCAUCUCGAAAAAAGAGGCUUCUCGCUUGGCCGACACACUAUGUACCGGCAGUCAACAGCUGCUGUGGUCGUCCAACUUUCUUCAAUCUCAACAGCUCGAGCACCUCGCGUGCAUCUGUCUGCUCGGUGUCUACCAGCACAACCGCAAGGAGCAGGCCGAGGGGCAAUGGGCGCUCCUCGGCUCUGCCAUCAAGGUCGCACAAAACAUGGGCCUCGCACGCUUGGACCACGGCAGCGCAUCUCGAAAGCCGUUCGGCAGCAUGACCAACGAAGCACGUCGCGAGCUCGGCAGACGCAUCUGGUGGAACCUCACCUGGCUCGACUGGUCGCACUCUGUCGCUCACUUUGGCGUCUACUCUGUCCAUCCUUCGCAGAAUCGCACCAAUUUGCCCGCCAACGUCGACAUCCACAAUGACAGCCUUACGCUGCGCUCUCAAGACGUCUAUACGCACUCAUCGGCCAUCACCAUGCGCAUGCGCUACGUCAUCAUCUAUCGCGAGAUCGUCGACCUCUCCAACGAAGGGCCGAAACUCUCGCGCGCUCAGAUUCACCGCUUCGUCAGCAAACUCAACGAGGUGCACGACUCGACACCUGCCUGUCUGCGCUACUCGCCCGACCGUACCUUCGACAAGCCGGACCAGGCGAUGGAGGCGAUCAUGCUCGAGCUCAUGUACCUCAACCGCAUCCUUCGACUGCAUCGUGUCCAUCAGCUUUCGGGCUUCACGGACGACGAAUGGCGCUUCGCACGCAAAGCGUGCCUGUCGUCGGCCAGCUGCAUCAUCCGGAUCCUGUCGCUGCAGCAAGACAGUGCCAUCCACAAGUUUUGGCUCGUGAGCUUCUUCCUUCUCGGUGCCUCUAUGGCGCUGGUGAUGGAGCUCUGCUGUGCGCGUCAAGACGAGCUUGACGCAGCUUCGGUGAGAGCCAGCCUUUCGACAGCGGUAUCGCUGCUUUCCAAAGCAGGACCUGGAAGCGAAGCUGCGCGCAACUCGCGACGCAUUCUCAAAGAACUGCUGAGCGCCGAGAACAAGAUUCGUUCUGCAUUCGCUCGUUUGGGUGGACUGGAGAGGAUCGCAGAAACGAGACUGGAUACGAGCGGUCCAAAGGAUGUGUUCCUCGAUGUGCUGCAAAAGGUGUUUCACAGCAUGUCGCGAUGCAAACGCAAGCGCGAAAUUGAUGAUGGUUCCGGUGGUACACAAGCAGCCAAGCGCCGCAUCGAAGCAGCAGAUUCUGCUCGACAAACGCGUGAAUCGACGGCCUCUUCGGUGGGCCGUGGAGAUGGAGCGGCUGGGAGCAAGACGCGCGGUGCCAACGGACACGCAAGUGGACACGUGGGCAACGGUACGGCAUCUUUCAUGGAGGGAGGAUACAGCUGGUUGGAUCCGAACAACUUUGGUGGUAUGACGGCAGAUGGUGCGGGCGGGGCGCUGGAGGCAUUGUCGGUGGGGGACGGAACGGUAGCGUCGAACGAGAGCGACUGGCAAGGGGAUCAGACGCUGUUCCCUUCGUUGGAUGGGAUACUGUCGGGAGCGCUUUCGAUCGAUGAGUGGCUCGGCUCGUCGUAUCCAUUUGAUCAUCUGUGA